AUGAAACCAGCAAACGUACAAGAAGAAAUAACCCAUAAAAUUUCAAAUACAAGUACUGAAGUAGAAAUAGAAGAUGAGCCAUUUUCCUCAGGGCCAUUAAAAAUAGAGCAACUAUUAGCAAAAGGAUUUGUAAAAAGAGAUUUAGAAUUACUUAGAGAAGGUGGGCUACAAACAGUAGAAUGUGUAGCAUAUGCUCCUAUGCGUACAUUAUGUGCUAUAAAAGGUAUAAGUGAACAAAAAGCGGAAAAAUUAAAAAAAGCAUGUAAAGAGCUAUGUAAUUCAGGUUUUUGCAAUGCAAUUGAUUAUCAUGAUGCAAGGCAAAAUUUAAUAAAGUUUACAACAGGAUCAAAGCAAUUAGAUUCAUUAUUAAAAGGAGGUAUAGAAACAGGGGGAAUUACUGAAUUAUUUGGAGAAUUUCGUACAGGAAAAAGUCAACUGUGUCAUACAUUAGCAAUUACAUGUCAAUUGCCAGUUGAAAAAUCAGGAGGGGAGGGGAAAUGUUUAUGGAUAGACACAGAAGGUACUUUUCGACCUGAACGUAUUGUAGCUAUAGCUAAAAGAUAUGGUUUGCAUCCAUCAGAUUGCUUAAACAAUAUAGCAUAUGCUAAGGCAUAUAAUUGCGAUCAUCAAUCAGAGUUAUUAGUAGAUGCAAGUGCAAUGAUGGCAGGUACGAGAUUUGCUCUAAUAAUUGUCGAUUCAGCAACAGCUUUAUAUAGAUCUGAAUACAUUGGUAGAGGUGAACUAGCUAAUAGACAAUCUCAUCUAUGUAGAUUUUUAAGAGGAUUACAAAGAAUGGCAGAUAUAUAUGGAGUUGCAGUUUUAAUAACUAAUCAAGUUGUGGCAAAAGUAGAUGCCAUAAGUAUGUUUGGUGGUCAAGAAAAAAUACCAAUUGGAGGAAAUAUAAUUGCGCAUGCUAGCCAAACGCGUUUAUAUUUAAGAAAAGGAAGGGGUGAAAGUAGAAUUUGUAAAAUUUAUGAUUCUCCUGUUUUACCAGAAGGAGAAGCCGUAUUCGCUAUAACUGAAGGGGGUAUAGCGGAUUAUGAAGAAAAGUAA